GAGAGCUGAAUCCAGAUGUUCUAAACGGCUGAGCCUUUUUCGGACUUGAGCAGAUCACUACUAACUGGACCUCAAAUCACUUGGAUUCUGUGCCUCUCUGCGGCUCACUUUCAGACUUGGGUGUCCAAAUGAAAUGCAAAAUUGCACUCUUAUCUGCAAAGAGGUCUUUGAACCACUGAUCAACACUCAAGUCCAUUGUUUUCCCUUCAACCAGUUAACAAGCUUCUGACAUUGUCUUAGAGUCAGGAGUGGCUUAACACAGAGCAUGUGACAAUUGCAUGUUCUGGUUAUGUCUGUGUGGUGGCUUUUGAAGCACCUGCUUCAGCCAAGCCCAGUAGACCUAAACCAUCCUAAAUUCCUGAAAGGGCUUUGCCUUACAAUCCUAUCAAGGCGUCAUCCUGUUUGAAUGAAGUUCAGACUGAGAACUAGCCAACUCUUCAUUCGCGCCCCAGUAGACUGACACGGGAAAACAUCAUCAGACACCCCCAGAAAAAGACAGACUGCCAAACAUGCCGGUGUUUACAGUCAAUGUGAAAUGGGGCAAAGAGAAGUUUGAUGCAGUAGAGCUCAACACCGAGGAACCACCCAUGGUUUUCAAGGCUCAGCUCUUCGCCCUGACAGGAGUUCAGCCUGACAGACAGAAGGUUAUGGUGAAGGGGGGCACUCUGAAGGAUGACGAGUGGGGAAACAUUAAACUGAAAAAUGGAAUGACUCUGCUGAUGAUGGGCUCUGCAGAUGCCCUGCCUGAGGAGCCUGCGGUUCGGCCCAUGUUUGUAGAGGAUAUGACUGAGGAGCAGCUGGCUUCAGCGAUGGAGCUUCCUUGUGGGCUGACAAACUUGGGUAACACCUGCUACAUGAAUGCCACAGUGCAGUGUCUACGCUCGGUGCCGGAGCUUAAAACGGCUCUCAGACGGUAUGCAGGCGCUCUGCGAUCUUCAGGAGCAAAUGCACCAGCACAAUACAUCACAGCAGCCCUGCGUGAUUUAUACGAGACUAUGGACAAAACUUCAUCCAGCCUUCCUCCUAUAAUCCUGCUGCAGUUCCUCCACAUGGCCUUUCCACAGUUUGCUGAGAAAGGAGACCAAGGACAGUACCUGCAACAGGAUGCUAAUGAGUGCUGGCUGCAGAUGAUGAGGGUGCUUCAGCAGAAGUUGGAACCACUUGAGGCAGAAACUACCAUGGAGACUGAGUCAGCAAGUGAGGCUGCCUCUGCAUCUGCAAAGAAGAACUUCAUUGAGCAGUAUUUCGGUGUAGAAUUUGAAACUUCCAUGAAAUGCACAGAGUCUGAGGAAGAAGAGCCGAUCAAGGGCAAAGAAAGCCAGCUCCAGCUCAGUUGCUUCAUUAACCAAGAAGUUAAAUACCUCGCUACAGGACUACGACUGAGACUGCAGGAAGAAAUCACAAAAAUGUCUCCAACCUUGGACAGAAAUGCUUUGUAUAUCAAAUCUUCAAAACUUAGCCGUCUCCCCGCCUACUUAACUGUUCAGAUGGUCCGUUUUUUCUACAAGGAGAAGGAGUCCGUCAAUGCAAAAGUUCUAAAGGAUGUCAAGUUCCCACUCAUGUUGGACGUAUAUGAGCUGUGUACCCCGGACCUCCAGGAGAAAAUGUUGACAAUUAGGUCAAAGUUUAAAGAGAUGGAGGACAAAAAGCUGGAGAAACAGCAGCAAAAGGUGUUGAAGAAGCCAGAUGCAUCAAAGGAAAUAAAAUAUGAGCCUUUCUCUUUCCCAGACGACGUUGGUUCCAACAACAGCGGCUACUACGACCUGCAGGCUGUUCUGACUCACCAAGGUCGCUCCAGUUCAUCGGGGCACUAUGUGGGAUGGGUCAAGAGGAAAGAAGGUAACCACAUCCGUGAUAAUCGGAGCCUGCUCAAGGCUGCACCAGUGUGAAGCACAAAAGCUGCA